GUAUGUUUAAGUAAAUUUAAAAAGAAAAAAUUAUAAAAUAUGAAUACAAUCGAAGAUUGUGUUUGUUUCGUUACUGGAGGAGCUGGUGGAAUAGGAUAUGAGAUAGUAAAAAAAUUGAUUGAAGCUGAGGCAAAGAUGGUAUACAUUGGCGAUUGGAAUGAAGAGAAAGGUCGAGUGGCUGUAGUAGACUUGACAAAAGAUUGCAGAUACAAAAAAGCACAGUUUAUUAACAUGGAUGUCACUGAUGCUGCAGCUUUUGAAAACGCUAUAAAGAAAAUCAUUGGGCAAAGUGCACAACUGGAUCUUAUUAUAAAUAACGCUGGUGUACUUGAAAGCGACAGAACAAUCGAUGUUAAUAUUAAAGGUGCAUAUACCGGUUCGGAAUUAGGAAUGAAAUAUUUGAGCAAAGGAGGGAGAAUUAUCAACGUAUCAUCUACUUGGGGUUUUUAUGGAAUAGGAGAGAUUCCCAGAUAUGUAGCUGCAAGUCAUGCAAUUAUUGGAAUGUCAAGAUCAUUUGCAGGUUGUUAUUGGCACAAACAACGUGGUAUAUCAGUAUUGACAUUUUGCGUGGGUCCAACUUCAACAGAUUUUAUAGCAAAUUUAAAAAAUAAUGAAAAAUAUUUAUCAGAUCGAGAACGUGCUGUCUUAAGAUUUUAUUCUCAAUUUACACUACAAAGCCCAGAAGUUGUUGCUGGUAACUUGAUUCGUGUAUUAAAUUAUGGAGAAAAUGGACAAGUUUGGGUUAGUGAAUCAUGUGAACCAUUAUAUGAAAUAGAUAUACCCAAUUAUCAAAACUGGAAAAUAAAACAUAAUUAUAUGCUUUUCGACGAGAAUUUUAAGUGAAUUUAUAACUAUUAAUGGACCAUACUACAUGUGUUUUCAAAAAUUGUAAUAAGAAAAAUGUCACUAUCUUCGAUGCUAUAUAAAACGCACAAUCCUCGAUUGUAUG